UAUAAAUAUACAGACGUGGGAGUAGAGCUUCAUUCAGAACAGCAGCAAACAUGAAGUUCUUUUGCCUUUUCUUGGUCCUGGCCGUGGCUGCCGUCAACUCCAAAGUCAUCAACAUCAACGAUCAAAUUGAUAUAGGCUUAGAGAAGACCAACGAAUACCUCCGCCAGCACAGAUAUACCUCUGUCCAUGUACCAAAAGGUGCUUUUGGUUCUCAUGUAUCCUUUUCCGAUUCCGAUGUCCUUGGCCUCGACUCCUUGAAGAGGACCGGCGACUGCACUCUUGAUUACGUUGAUAAGAAUGUGACAGUGGACCUCCACUACGGCUUCGGAUUCUUCCAACAAACCUUCCAAUCCUUGAGGGUCGACGACAAGGACAUGUCAGCCAGCAUCAGGAUCGGGGACAAUUCCGUCCGCGUCCAUUACACUGUUAGGAUAACAGAUAACCGCUGCUCCGUAACCUUGCACGACCUGACCUACGAGAGGUUGGCCAAGGUAGACUUCCAUUCUUCCAGGCCUGAAUUCGACGGACUGGACCUCGAAGAAUACUUCGAGAAGAAGGUCAUCCCAUUCUUGGAGAGCAAGAUCGAUAAAAGUGCGGUAGAAAUAGCUUUGGAAAGAUUUAUUUGUAAGAAACGAGGUCUGGAAAUUUCUGAACACAUGCCAGCUGUCCAUCAGGUUCUGUUUGGGGAAAUUUUCCCAUCUCAACUUUGAAGUUACUUGAAUAAAGUAACUUGAAGUAACUUUCUCCGAAAUAAAAUUAUUCAUAUGA